AAGUCUUUGUUUAAUUUUAAUUAUAGUUUGAUAAUUCCUUUAACAUAUCUACUAUACCUACAUGAAGUGUUGCCCUCAUUACCGAGAAUUCAUGAAUAGUCAAGUGGAAAGCUGAAGUUGUGACAAAUUGGGGGCCUGUCCGGGAUCUACUUACGUUUGCGUUUCUCUUACGCUCGAUCUUGACGGAUUGUGAAAUUCAUUUUGUUGUUUCUGUGUGAUGAUGGACAACAUGAGUGUAGUGUAUUAGUGAUAUUUUGCUAGUUUAUAACAGACCACCACCGGAUAGUGUUCUCCAGCGCGCUCACACUUCACUUAGAGAAUGUCGUGUUGCAACACGUCAUUUUAAGCAUACAUCGAGAUUUUGGAGGACGUGCAGGCAGGGUAAUGGCAGCCUAGAAUUCGUCAUUCUUUUAACCCUCGACUCUGUUGACUACCAUCGCUUAGUGAUAUCUUCAUAGUCGCCCCAACUUCUCGAGGUGCUUCGAGGCAUUCAAAACCUCAUCAUAAGGGAUUGAAAGAUUCCUUCCUUAGGAACCUCUGUUCCUCUUACUCAGGGUACGACCUUCGCUCUUUAAAGGAUUUCGGCUUCAUAUUGUUACGACCACGUUGUCAAGAACUUCGUUCUACCUCGAUGGAUACUUAAAGGUUUAUUCCUUGUUCAGGUAACUGUUGGUACUUCCAAUUAUUUACUUCAUUAAGAAUAUUUCAUUCAAGAUUGUUAGUGGAUGUGCAUUAUUGGUGAACUUAGUUUUCUGAUUGGCAUAGAUUAUUGAAGGCUGGUUCUUUUAAGUGAAUUUCUGAACAUUGUAGGACUUAGGGAUUAGAAAUUCCUGUGGUUUGUGGGUGCCUUCGCACCAUAAAUCCAUGAAUAACCUAACUUUUUAAAGUUUUAUAGCUUGUGUAUGGUAGUAAUAUAAUUUCCAGUGAUAUUUUCCAUUUUAUCAGUAUUGAGAGAUGCCUUUUGAUCUUGAAAAAUUUUUAGGUGCACCCAGGGAGCACCUGAAUACACUACAGGAAGCUAAGAAGGACCAGCUUCGCCAAAUAGCUGUAAGGGCAAGAAUAUCUGUAGGGCAUGCUGUGGUGAAAGAUGAACUAUUGGGAAAGAUUUUAGAUUUCCUGAUAAAUAGUGGUAACAUAACUGAAGAGGAGGCUCUUCCCUUAAGGCCUUUAACACUUGAACGAGGUGCUGCUCGCACAGUUACUACAACUGAAGACCCAGAGAUAGUGAAAUUGAAACUCCAACUUGAACUGCAGCAGCGAACAGUAGAAGCUGCAAAUGCCGCAGCAGCAGCUGAACAAAAAAGGCUUGAAGCUGAAAAUGCCGCAGCAGCAGUUGAACAAAGAAAGGUCGAAGCUGCAAAUGCUGCAGCAGCAGCUGAACAAAGGAAGGUAGAAGCUGAGCAAAGAAGACUUGAACUAGAACGAAAAGAAAGAGUUCUGUUGGAAAAGGAACUAUCAGCCAUAAGAAUAGAAGAAAGGUUGGCAGAAAAACAGCUACUUGAUGCUUUUGAUCUUAGUAAAGCACGCAAACUCCUGCCUGUCUUCGAUGAAAAAGAUCCUGAUGUAUUUUUCAUUACUUUUGAAAACACUGCAACGUCUCUCAACUGGCCUAGAGACCAAUAUGUUCUCUUAAUCAGAAACUCCUUCAAAGGAAAAGCUGCAUAUGUGGCAGCACAACUUGUCCAAGAAAGGGAUUAUGAAGUCUUUAAAACUGCUAUAUUGGAUGCUUAUAGUGUUACAGCAGAAGGGUAUAGACAAAUCUUCAGACAAACUUUGAAGAACCAAGCUCACACGUAUCUCGAGUUUUUCACAUUGAAGUUGAAGCAGUUUAAUAAAUGGAUAGAUAAGGAACAAAUAACUACUUUAGAACAAUUAAAGAAUUUAAUAGUUUUAGAGGAAUUCCUGAGGCGUAUUCCAGCUAAUGUGUCAAUGUUUAUUAGAGAAAAACAAGAAAAAGAUGGAAAAAGGGCUGCCCUAUUAGCUGAUGAUUAUCAUCUCAUUCAUAAACUUAAACCACAUUCGUCCACUCCUUCAUCUGCCCCCCAGGUUUGUACUUUUUGUAAGAAAGAAGGUCAUCAUAUUAAAGACUUUCCUAGUCCCAAAUGCAAAGCAUCUCAUGGUAAGGCUUCUCCUAAUGCUUUUACACAAGGACCCAAAUCAGGGAAUACUGCAAAUAAAACGACACUUCACUGUGCUCAACCUUUAUCAGACUUUACAGCAUUUACAUAUCCUGGUAAAGUAAAUGAUAUCCCAGUGCAAAUUUUGAGAGAUACAGGGUCAUCUCAAACUAUCAUUAGCUCAAAGUUAAAAGAUUUAGCUAAACCAACAGAUCAGUAUGUAACUGUGUCGGAUUUGACUUGUCAAAAGGUUUUACCUAUUGUACAGAUUUCUCUUGAUUGUCCUUAUUUUAAAGGUUCAACUAAUGUCGCCUUGUUGGAUUCUGACCUGCCUUGCAAGAACAUAGACAUGAUACUUGGUAAUGACUUGGCUCAAACUAACAGUACUCCUAGUCUUAUCAUUACUCAGCCUGAAGUAGUGAUCAAAAAAGCUUGCAAAGAGUUUUCUCCUGUGGUAGAGCUUCCCUGCCAAGUAGUCACCAGGUCUACAACCUCAACUUCUAGAGACAAUGAACACACAGCUUAUCACCCUCAGACUAAUGGAGCCCUCGAACACGUAAACCAGACCAUUAAAAGCCUCCUGCGCAAGUACAUUUGUGAAACUGGACGAGACUGGGAUGAAGACCUGGAUGCUUAUGUAUGUACUUAGGAGUACACCUAAUGAGUCGACUGGAAUUUCUCCCUUCGAGAUGAUGUUCGGCCGUAGACCUAGGACAAACCUUAGUAUGGUAAAAGAAAACAUCCUAAGAGGUACUUACAAAGACCAGCAAGUAAGUAUUCCACAAUACCUUCAAAGUCUUAAGGUUAAAUUUGACCAUAUUUAUGAAUUUGCCAAUCUGAAUUUAACUAACAGUCAGAUUCGAAUGAAAAACCAUUACGAUAAAAAGGCCAGGAUUAGAACUUUCAAAGUAGGAGAUGAUGUACUUGUAUAUCGACCAGUUGCAGGAGCUCCAUUGAGAGAAAAAUUUAUGGGUCCGUAUAAAAUCACUAAAAGGGUCUCUAAAACAACUUAUGUAAUUGAAACUCCAGACAAAAGGAAGCCUAGCCAGUUAGUGCACAUUAAUCUAAUAAAACCAUACCAAUCUGCAAAGAUUUCUCCACAGAUAGUUCACCUGUUAAAUAGAGAGAUUGAUCACUCCACUCACAACUCAAGGAUAACUACUCCCAUAGAGACUUCUCCUAGCACGAAAAACCUAGUACCCGAGGCAGUUGAUAAUGAUAAACUUUUAGCUCCUUUUGAACCAGACGAAGAAGAAAC